AUGGACAUGAGAUUGCAGACAGUAGAAACAGGAGCCCCAUUGCCCCCUGGAAUCCUGUGUCAAGCACCUGAUUUGCCAGACUGGCUCCAGGACACAGAUGAAUUCACCUCUCCCCAAAAGGUGGCAGAGGUGUCAGUCCGAUUCCACUGCUGCCCCGGGCAUGACUUAAGCCACGUGUGCCACGUGGUUGUGGAUGGGAUGGGGAGGCGGAGGACAGCAGCGCUGCCAGCCAUGUACCUUCCCGCUGCCUGGCCUGGUCCUGCUGCCACCGACAUCCAUCUGGUUACGGUGGCUGCUGCUGCACACGGCUUGUCCCACCAUGCUGCUCCAAUCCGUCGCGCUGCUCCAAUCCACCUCCAACUGCUCCACUUUGCCAACGCAAGCUGGCUGCCAAUGCUGCUACGCAGUUCAGCCAGCAGCUGGGGGCUUAUUGCUACACUCUAUCAUGUGAGAUCUCGGCUGGGCCAAAAGUCUCAUGAGAUGUCCUGGGCUGGGAAAGAUGCUGGGGAAAAAGCCUACCGGUGCAACCACGGGCCGGGCACCCCCAUUAUCCUGGGAGAACUUGCAGAGGUAGCUGAGAGCUCUUCCAUUCCUGACGUUGAGCCGUGGUGUCCAGAAGCGAAGCAGAAAGAUGAAGUUGCUGAGACCAAUACAACUUUCAGACAUACACAUUGGAGGAAGUGGAUUUUAUUCCGCAAGAAGAUGCAGCAUCAUUCUCUGAAGAUUGAUCCCCAAAAGCAGUCAGAUGCUGUGCAGGAGAGUGAGGAUAAGAGAGAACAUCCUAGCACAUCACAAGGAGGAACGAAGGGUGGAGUGUUGGAAGAGGUCUUGAGUGAUCAGGAUAGAUCCAGAAGGAAGAGGGGAAACUAUACAAAAGAGAAGGACAAAUCCAUUUCAACUCAGAGCGGAGUCCACCUUGAACAACAAGAACAAACAGGAAAGAGAUGCAGAAAGCACCUUGAUGCUCACUUCAGAAUCCACACGGCAGAGAAACCCAGUCAAAGCUCAGAGUCUGCGAAAAGAGACUGUCUGAGCCAACCAACUGUAAAAGGUCCAGUUCUUGACACAGAGGGGGAAAGUCAUACUGGUUUGGAGUGUACAAUGAGCUUGACACGGAGCUCACAACUUACAAGACACCAUCAACAAAUUCAUUCUGCAGAAGAACUGUAUAUCUGUACAGAAUGUGGAAAGAGGUUCCAAAAACAACACAAUUUCAUAGCACAUCAAAAAUGCCAUAUGAGGGGGAAACCCUUUAAAUGUCCGUGGUGUAAACAACGCUUUGGGCAGAGCUCAAACCUUACCAUACAUAAAAGAGUUCAUUCGGGGGGAAAACCCUAUAAAUGUGCAGAAUGUGAAAAGGGCUUCUGCCAUAGCUCAAAUCUUAUUACACACCGACGAAUUCACACAGGUGAGAAACCCUUUAAAUGCUCAAGAUGUGCAAAAUGCUUCAAAACGAGCUCACAGCUUUCCAACCAUAAAAGAAUUCACACAGGGGAGAAACCCUAUACAUGUAAAGAAUGUGGACAGAGUUUUACUCAGAGGGCAACCCUUAUUAUGCAUGAAAGAAUUCACACAGGAGAAAAACCCUAUACAUGUAAAGAAUGCGGAAAGUGCUUUUCUCAGAGGGCAACCCUUAUUACGCAUGAAAGAAUUCACACAGGAGAAAAACCCUAUACAUGUAAAGAAUGUGGAAAGAGCUUUUCUCGGAGUUCAACCCUUAUUAUGCAUGAAAGAAUUCACACAGGAGAAAAACCCUAUACAUGUAACGAAUGUGGAAAGAGCUUUUCUCGGAGUUCAACCCUUAUUAUGCAUGAAAGAAUUCACACAGGGGAGAAACCUUAUAAAUGUUCUAUGUGCAAAUGUGGAAAGGGCUUCCGUGAUAACUCACAUCUUAUUACACACCAACGAAUUCACACAGGAGAGAAACCCUAUACAUGUAAAGUAUGUGGAAAGAGCUUUUCAUAUAGUUCAUCCCUUAUUAGGCACGAAAGAAUUCACAAGGGAGAAAAACCCUUUCAAUGUUCAACAUGUGCAAAAUGCUUCAAAACGAACUCAAACCUUUCCAAACAUAAAAGAAUUCACACAGGGGAGAAACCCUAUACAUGUAAAGAAUGUGGAAAGAGCUUUUCUCAGACGACAUCCCUUACUACGCAUGAAAGAAUUCACACAGGGGAGAAACCUUUUACAUGUAAAGAAUGUGGAAAGAGCUUUUCUCGGAAGGAAUCCUUUAUUAUGCAUGAAAGAAUUCACACAGGAGAGAAACGCUAUACGUGUAAAGAAUGUGGAAAUAGCUUUUCUCACAGGUCAACCCUUGUUACACAUGAAAGAAUUCACACAGGAGAGAAACCCUAUAUGUGUAAAGAAUGUGGAAAGAGCUUUUCUCAGAGGACAUCCCUUAUUAUGCACGGAAGAAUUCACACAGGAGAGAAACCCUAUACGUGUAAAGAAUGUGGAAAGAGCUUUUCUCAGAGGAUAUCCCUUAUUACGCACGAAAGAAUUCACAAGGGAGAGAAACCCCAUACGUGUAAAGAAUGUGGAAAGAGCUUUUCUCACAGGACAUCCCUUUUUAUUCAUGAAAGAAUCCACACAGGAGAGAAACCCCAUACAUGUAAAGAAUGUGGAAAGAGCUUUUCUCAGAGGCCAAACCUUAUUACGCAUGAAAGAAUUCACACAGGGGAGAAACCUUAUAAAUGUUCUAUGUGCAGUGAAACAUUCCGUUACAGUAAUCUACUUGUGAGACAUCAAAGAACUCAUGCACAGGAGACUCCCUAG